CUCCCUCAUCCAUACGCGCCAAAAACGCACGGACACAGCCAGACUCAAGUGGGAAGGACAUGGUCCUCUCGAUCCUCCUGCCAUGUAGCAGGGCAUGUCCCCGUUCUGCGCUACGGCCACUGAGCCAUCUGCCUCUGCCUAGAUUAUAUUCUACUGCGACGCUCCCGAAGCGAGAAUUCACAUCUUAUUUCUUCCACAAUGCGACGUGGAACGAGCGACCAGGCAGUGUCACCACCACAAGACCAACUGCUUCUCGUACUCGCCGCAUCGCAAGCACCGCAGACGGAAGCCUUGCAGGUGGCUACCAGCAUGUCCAAGUCCUCACUCCUCGGCGGUUGCUCGGGAUAUACGCGCAGCUGUCAAAGGCUCGUCUGACCACACUCAUCGUCCUCACCGCCAUGUCCGGUGUCGCCCUCUCUCCCUUGCCUGCCACGCUUCCCGUCCUUCUGUCUACUGCGGUCGGAACCACCCUCUGUUCCUCGGCUGCGAAUGCCCUCAACCAACUACAAGAGGUCCCCUACGAUGCCCAGAUGGCAAGGACGCGUAUGCGGCCCCUCGUACGCAGAGCCAUCAGCCCAAUGCACGCGCUCGGCUUCGCCACCAUCACUGGGGUGGCCGGCCCCGCGCUCCUGUGGGUGAUGGUGAACCCGACUACUGCCGUCCUAGGCGCACUCAACAUCGCGUUAUACGCCGGUGCAUAUACGUGGCUCAAGCGGAAACACGUCGUCAACACCUGGGUGGGCUCUGUCGUCGGAGGCAUACCACCACUGAUGGGCUGGACGGCGUGCGGCGGAAACCUUUUGCCAUCAUCAGGCCAAUCCAUCACGUAUUUCCUCCCGCCGUUCUUAUCCGAUGUCCCGGUCGACAUGUCCUUGGUGGAUAGCCCUUUGGCUCCUCUUGCCUUGUUCAUGAUUCUGUACAGCUGGCAGUUCCCUCACUUUAAUUCGCUGUCUCAUCUUGUUCGCGCAUCGUACGCACAAGCGGGCUACAAGAUGCUGUCGGUGCUAUCGCCGUCCAAGAAUGCCCUCGUCUCGUUCCGUUACGCCGCACUGCAUAUACCCAUCUGCACUCUACUGUUCCCUUUGUCCGGCCUGACAACGUGGGCGUUCGCCCUGACGAGCCUAGUGCCAAAUGCGAUCCUUGUCCAGGCAGCGUGGCGGUUCUGGCGAACAGGUGCAGAGAAGGAAGCACGGGCGCUGUGGCAUCACAGCCUCUGGUAUUUGCCCGUCAUCCUGGCUUUGAUGAUGGUUCAUAAACAGGGUGCAAACUGGGGUGGCUGGUUCGACAGCAAAGAGGAGAAAGUGGAUGGAGCUCUGAAAGACUCGAAAGUCUAGACGUCUACCUCUGGAAUUUACUUCAUGCAGCGGCACCAGCAGCUGUUUUGGUCUUGGUUUUUGCCAACUCGCGCUUCUUGCGCAUGGCUUCGAGCCGGCUUUUCAUGACGUUGACGCGCAUGUCAGCUUCUUCCUGAGCGCGUUCUUCGUCCAAGAGACGGUCCAUGAUGAGCUCCCUGUCGUCCUCCUCUCGUUUCCGCCUCUGCUGCUCCGGAUCGGGCUCGGGUUCAGGUUCUGGCUGAUCUUCUUGGCCGGCGGGGAAACCUUGAGUGGCGUCUUUGUUUAUUUCUGGGUCGGCGAAAACAGUAGCGCGCUGGUAUGUUUCGCGAUCGUCGGGGGCAUUGAUGACGGCCUGCUGAAACUGGAGCCAUUCUUGAUCCAAGACGGACUGGGCCUGGGGCGGCUGGGACUGUGGUGCAUUUGCAGGUGGUUGGUCCUCGUCGUCGGAGUCAUCAGAAAGAAUAGCUGGAGCCUGGUUUGGGUCGGAGAAGAAGCCGGCGGGGAAAGGGCCCGGGGUUGGUUGGGCAGACGCUGACUUGGACCUUUUGGCUGGUACGUCUAGUUCUUGAGCGUGUGGUAUAUCGUCGUCUGCCUUGCGUUUGAGAGAUGCUGUCCGCUGAGCCUCUUCCUCUUCUUCUCUACGGCGUUCCUCUUCCUUGAGACGAAUGACGUUCGUGCGGUGGGCCUUGCUGCCGAGAUGGCCCUCCCAUGCUGACGGGUGCUUGACGGAUGUGCCGCAGACGGCGCAUUUGAGCUGGCCUGA